CAGAAAGUACUGUAUGGUGUCGGCCGACUUCUCCACGAGCACAACAAAGAAAUCUAACGAAAAGGCCAGCAUCCAAUGGGGAAUUAUAAAUCAAGGCCCUCUCAAACGUGUACAGAUGAAUGGAAGAAGAAAGUCAGUGAGUCCUACUCGGUGAUAAUCGAAAGGCUGGAAGAUGAUCUGCGCAUCAAAGAGAGUGAGUUGAUGGAGCUCAAGCAUGUCUUCAGCUCUGACGAGGCCUUCCAUAAAGUGAACUUAAACUACCGCACAGAGAGCGGGCUGUCCCUCUUACACCUCAGCUGCAUGUGUGGAGGCAACAAAACGCACAUCAGGGCCCUGAUGCUGAAGGGCCUCCGGGCUUCCAGACUGACCAGAAAUGGAUUCACCGCACUGCACUUUGCUGCAUUCAAGGACAAUGCGGAACUUGUGACUGCCCUCCUCCAUGGAGGUGCAGACAUCCAGCAAGUUGGCUAUGGAGCCCUCACAGCCCUGCACAUUGCCACAAUAGCAGGGCACCAUGAGGCAGUGGAUAUUCUUCUUCAGCAUGGAGCAUACGUGAAUGUCCAGGAUGCUGUGUUCUUCACACCCCUACACAUAGCAGCAUACCACGGACACGAGCAGGUGUCUAAGUUGUUGCUGAAGUUUGGAGCUGAUGUAAAUGCCAGUGGGGAGGUUGGAGAUCGGCCUCUUCACCUGGCAGCAGCCAAGGGCUUCCUGAAUAUCGUCAAGCUGCUGAUGGAGGACGGGGGCAAGACUGAUGUGAAUGCUCAGGAUAAUGAGGACCACGUUCCUCUGCACUUCUGUGCUCGCUUUGGACACCAGGAGGUGGUGCGGUUCCUGCUUCAGGGCAACUUCCACGCACAUCCACACUCAGUCAACAUCUAUGGGGACACUCCUAUCCACUUGGCUUGCUACAAUGGUAAGUUUGAAGUGGUGAAGGAGAUUAUUCAGCUGUCAGGAACAGAGAGCCUGUCGAAGGAGAACAUCUUCAGUGAAACUGCUUUUCACAGUGCCUGCACCUAUGGCAGAAACAUUGAGAUGGUGAAGUUCCUGAUGAGCCAAAAUGCCAUGAGCAUCAACCACCAGGGCCGCGACGGUCACACAGGUCUGCACAGUGCCUGUUACCAUGGACACAUCCGGCUGGUGCAGUUUCUGCUGGAUAGCGGGGCGGACAUGAACCUGGUGGCCUCGGACCCCAGCCGGUCCAGUGGGGAGAAGGACGAGCAGACGUGUCUCAUGUGGGCUUAUGAGAAAGGUCAUGAUGCCAUUGUCACCCUGCUGAAACACUACAAAAGGCCCCAGGAUGAUUCACCCUGCAAUGAGUACUCCCAGCCAGCAGGGGAUGGAUCUUAUGUGUCUAUUCCCUCUCCCCUGGGGAAGAUCAAAAGCAUGACUAAAGAAAAAGCCGACGUGCUCUUGCUCAGAGCCAGUCUCCCUUCCAACUUCCACCUCCAGCUGUCAGAACUGGAGUUCCAUGAAAUUAUUGGUUCAGGUUCAUUCGGAAAGGUGUACAGAGGCAAAUGCCGCAACAAAGUUGUGGCAAUAAAACGGUACAGAGCCAAUACCUAUUGCUCUAAAUCAGACACGGACAUGUUCUGCCGAGAGGUGUCCAUUCUCUGCCGCCUCAACCACCCUUGUGUCAUUCAGUUUGUGGGAGCUUGUCUCGACGACCCCAGCCAAUUUGCCAUUGUCACCCAGUACGUGUCUGGAGGUUCGCUCUUCUCCCUGCUACACGAACAGAAGAGGAUCAUUGAUCUGCAGUCCAAGCUCAUCAUAGCCAUCGACGUGGCCAAGGGCAUGGAGUACUUGCACAACCUCACACAGCCCAUCAUCCACAGAGACCUCAACAGCCACAACAUACUGCUCUAUGAGGAUGGCCAUGCUGUGGUUGCUGAUUUUGGAGAGUCCAGAUUUCUGAUGUCUGUGGAUGAGGACAAUAUGACCAAACAGCCUGGGAACCUGCGUUGGAUGGCCCCCGAGGUGUUCACCCAGUGCACACGCUACACCGUCAAGGCCGACAUGUUCAGCUACGCCCUGUGUCUGUGGGAGCUGCUCACCGGGGAGAUUCCCUUCGCCCACCUGAAGCCCGCGGCCGCAGCGGCUGACAUGGCCUACCACCACAUCAGGCCUCCCAUUGGCUACUCCAUCCCCAAGCCCAUCUCCGCCCUGCUAAUGAGAGCCUGGACAGUGUGUCCAGAGGAACGGCCUGAGUUUUCUGAGGUGGUGGCAAAGCUUGAAGAAUGUCUGUGCAAUGUGGAGCUGAUGUCCCCGGCGUCCAGUAACAGCAGCGGUUCUCUGUCUCCUUCGGCCUCCUCUGACUGCUUGUCUGCGCGUGGUGGGCCCGGACGUAGUCAUGUGGCAGCGCUGCGCUCGCGCUUCGAGCUGGAGUACGCCCUCAACGCCCGCGCAUAUGCCGUGUGGACUCAGAGCUCAGAGCGACGGUCAUCGCAGGGUCUGUCUUUGGAUGAUCUUAGGAGGAAUUUACAGCAGUUCCCACCAAUGGACAGAAAUGGUUAUGUGUCAGAUCCCAUGAGCACAAUGAGGUUUCAUUCGUGUAGCAGCAAUGGGAGCUUUGAAGACAGCAACUAACACCCCCACCUCAGCUUUCUCACUCUCUAAAUCUCACUACGUCAGUCCUGAGUGUCUGAUCAUUAUACAAUAACUAACCAUCACUGUUAACAUUUUGUAGGUUGUCAUGAAUACUGUGCUCUUCACACUUACUUUUGAAGUGGUUAUAUUGUACAUUUUUAUGUAAAUAUGUUGCUUUUUUGGUCAUUUUUGUUAGGAAGUCAUGGAUGAGAUUGUCAAAUUAUAAGUGUCAAAAUUAGGCUAUGUGUAAUCCUGUGCUUUGACAUGCAAAAUUGCAUACAGAAGUCAGAGAAAUUACAUAACAUAAUGCAUAAGGAGGGUUUAAACACUGGGUACAUCUGAUACAAAAUAAAACUUAACAGUGUUUAACGUGAA